CUGGUCUUCGAAAGAGGGCGUGGGUUCAAAUCCCACUUCUGACAUUAAAAUUUUUUUGCUCCACUCCUUUUUUUUUUAAUCAAUUCAAGAAAUCUCUCUUCCUCCCAGCAAUCACCGGUCACAACUUUCAUGGCUGCUCGCUCUAUUCUCGCCGCUCUCACUGGGAACGCUCGAGUCGGAGAGAAAAGAGUUCUCUUUAGAUCCUUCUCCUCUACAAAUACUAUUGAGCUUGUAUGUGAGGAUUCCCCGAUUCGCCUGGUUGUUGAAAAUGGUACGGCCGGAGAAGAAGAACAAGACGAUUUGAAAGACAGGAUCUUCAGGCUCAGACUACCCAAACGAAGUGCCACACACGUCAUUCAGAAGUGGGUGGAUGAAGGCCGGCGAGUCGCCGUUUCCGACCUCCGGCACAUCUCCCAGGAACUUCGGAAGUCCCGCCGCUACAAGCACGCCCUUGAGAUAUCAGAGUGGAUGGUUGCUCACAAUGAUAAUGAGAUAUCGGACACGGAUUAUGCUGUCCGCAUUGACUUGAUGACCAAAGUUUUUGGUAUUGAUGCAGCUGAGAGAUACUUUGAAGCUCUUCCAGACUCUGCAAAAACCAGUGAAACCUAUACAGCCCUCCUUCACUCAUUUGCAAGCACAAGACUAACCGAUAAGGCCGAGGAACUGUAUGAGAGAAUGAAGGAAGCAAAUGUCUCACUCACUAUCCUCACUUACAAUGAACUACUGACUCUCUACAUGUCUGUUGGACAACUAGAGAAGGUGUCUCCACUCAUUCGGGAACUGAAAUCCCAAAAUGUUUCACCGGACAUAUUUACUUACAAUUUAUGGAUUAGUUCAUGUGCUGCUUCUCUCAAAAUUGAUGAGGUGAGACGGAUUCUUGACGAAAUUAAUCUCGACCAUGGAUUUGAUGGACAGUGGAAAAGAUAUGUAAAUCUUGUGAACAUAUAUAUCUCCUCGUCUCACCUUGUAAAUUCGGAGUCUGUCUCUUUGGUUGAGACCGAGAAGGGUCAAAUUACACAAAGGGAGUGGAUAACUUAUGAUUUCUUGAUCAUUCUGUAUGGUGGACUUGGGAACAAAGAAAAACUUGACCAGGUGUGGAAAUCUUUGACAAUGACGAAGCAGAAAAUGACAAGUCGGAAUUAUUUAUGCAUCAUUUCAUCGUAUAUGAUGUUGGGGCACAUUAGGGAGGUGAGGGAAAUCGUUGAUCAAUGGAAGAAGUCAAGUGGUGUGGAAUUCGAUGGGUCAAAACUGGUAGAUGCAUGUUCAGAUAUUGGGUUGAAGGAAAAAGCUAUGGAUUUGCACAACAUUUUCGCUGAAAAGGCCCCUGACUUCUUGGACAAGAAGUAGCUGAAGAAGCUCUUCACAUCUUCAAGUGGUUAAUUUAUGAAUUUGCAGAUAUGAAGUAAUUGAGAAGUAAGCCAAGCAAUGAUAAUACUGUUGCUUUUUUUCUUCACAGCUUGGGAACUCUUCGCAUAGCUGGAGUUACUUGAACUUCAAACCUCACUGUCUUAGCCUCUUAGGCCCCACAUUCACAAAAAAUUACUGUGCACUGGCUGUAACUUUACAUAAUUACAUGUGGGUGUUUUUUUUAUAAAUUUUUUGUAAUUACUUAUUUUAUAUCUGAAGAACUGAAGAAGCCCAUUUUAUAUUG